AGAGGGGGUUACACAUCACUCGGGUGAGGGAAGCAGAGUAGGAAGAGAGAGGAGGGGAAAGGAAGGACAAAAAAGAAGCAAAGAAGGGGGACACUGCACUGUUUGUUUUCGUUUGUAUUGCUUUGUAUUAGAGAGGGGAAGAGUCUGCCUUUCUCUUUAAAUGAACGGAUAAAUCUUUGUAAACGGCUUCCAUCUUUAUUUGAAGGAAAACAGUGGGCCACGAGGAAGACGCUGGAGUUUGAAGUGAUUUGAGCGUUUGUGGUUUAGUUUACUUUCUAAAGCAAAGGGAGACACGCGGUUUGUAUUCCUGUAAGUGCUUAGCGACGUAGAUUUUGACAAGACCAAGCGAAACAAACAUCCAAGUAACUUUAUAUGACUUUAGAAAUAUUAUUAAGAAGUUGCCAAAUGCCAUUGAGUUCUGCGAGAAGGAAUAAAUAAUAGCUCUAUUAGUGGCCUUUUAAAUCACACUGCUCAGCAAACACGGGGAAGAAACCCCGAUCUUCUGUAUCAGCCGGUUAUUCACAGAAUAUUAGCGGACUAUGGCGGCGGUAACAAGUCCAGAAUCGAGCCAGCAAGCUCGCGUUUACUUCCAGACGCCCCCCGGUUCAACCGAAGAAGCCGAGACCCCGGUCCGCAAGCAAGGACGGGUCACAGUGAAAUACGACCGGAAAGAACUGAGAAAGAGACUUAAUUUGGAAGAGUGGAUUAUUGACCAGCUAACGGAUCUCUAUGACUGUGAGGAGGAGGCGAUUCCUGAGCUAGAGAUUGAUGUGGAUGAACUGUUGGACAUGGAGAAUGAUGUAGACCGUGCUGCAAGGGUCAAGGAACUGCUGGUAGACUGUUAUAAACCUACUGAAGAGUUUGUAGCUGAAUUGCUGGACAGGAUCCGUGGCAUGCAGAAGCUCAGUACUCCUCAGAAGAAAUGAAGCUGCUCCCACCUCCACCUUUCGUCAUCCAAUCUCAUCCCUCCUUUUCCAAUUUUAGGGGCGUGACCUUUCACCCCUGAGCAGGUGCUCAUCCAAUCCCAUUGCCUCUUUUGCAUCCAAUGGGGAGGAGGUGGAGGCAAAAUUAUUGGAGAUUCAAUCAGAUCCUUAUAAGCAGGGCUUAUUUUUCUCAUUUUGUUGGUUUUAUUUGUAUUAUUUUAUUCUAUUUCACUUUUUUUUGUAACGGGGGAAAAAUGUCAUUGUUUUGAAAUGUUUUUAAAUGUAUUUCAUGUUAGUAUACAUUACUGUGCAUAAUAUAUUUAUGCAUAAAAUGGUUUUAUUUUAUGAAUUUGGAUUUUUGUUAGAAGUUUGUUUUAAUUUGGUUUCAAAGCUCCCUGCUCUGUCUCAAUGAACACAUGGACUAAAAACCUUUUGUGAAACUGUGACGAUACUUGGUUUAAAAUGACAUCAGAAGAGUUUAGACAGAAUCUCUUGUGGGGUUUUUUACCCUCGGUUUUUGAUUCUUCUGUUCCUUGAAUAAGUGUGCAGGAACAUUCAUGGACAUUUUAAUUAAAAAAAGGCAAACUAAUAAAGAGAGUGAUUAAAGCUGAUUUAAAGUUGAGGGAGUUACUUUGGAUUUGUGGUAUUAACAGGGAAGGGAGCUGUGUGUAGGAAAAAAAAAAAAAAAAUUGGGUCUUUGAUUCUUGUCUUUAAUUUUCCUGUCUUACACAUACCACAAACACACACACACACACACAAACACACACACAGAAAUUCAUGGGCAUCACCACCCUCAGGGAUCAAGAGAAAUGACCACACAUGCACACAACCACAGCUGUGGCUCUUGGGCCUCACACACAUCCACAGAUGUGCACACUGACUCUUCCAGAGACCGAUAGGGAGGGACUGGAGAGAGGCUAGACAAGCUGCAGUGCGUCACGCUCGCUGCCAAACGUACGUUUAGAAUUAAUCCUCCCACAUGACUCUCCUAAAUCAUCUUUCCCAGGAAGCCAUCUGCUCUUUUAGUCUCAGCCAAUCAAACAUUAUAAUAAGAGGGCUAAUAGUCUCACUCAGUGCUCUUGAAAAUCACCAAUCCAAUUUUUCCAGCAGGUGUUUUAGGAGAGCUUUUCGCCGUAAGCGUACUAACACAUCACUAGCAUCUGUAGAUAUUAAUCAUUCAUUGAUGCUCCUCCUCAUCCCAUCUGAGUUCACUUAUGAAUUACUUCAAGUCAGGUACAAUGACAACUGUCCUGGAUGUUUAACACAUGUAUUCUCUCUUUCUCUGCUCACUCUUUUUUCUUUUCUUUUCUAUGGGCCCCACAUUUUAAUUUUCUGUCUUUAUUUCACCUGCUUCUCAGCAUUUCGUUUUACAUGAGUCGGUCUACCCAUACUUUCAGAUGUUGCCUUAGGUUACAUUUAUGUUGACAACCAAAUUAAUUUAAUCUUGUUUAAGGAACAUACAAGAAAAAUAGCUGCAACAGUGGAAAUCUUUUUGAAGUUUUAGAAUUAAAGGUUCUUGUUUUUUCAAUGAUUCUUUUUCUAGAAAAGGAAGUUAUAUUCCAAGCAAUUUUUAGAUGCAUUAACUAUUGACAUAAAAAGGAAUCAGUGCUGUUGACUCUUUUCUCUCAUUGGACACAUGAGGAUUGAAAAAAUCAAUUAAAUUUAAAGGAGAAACAAUAAAAAUUAAUUCAGGAAAAAUUUAAACAACUGAGUAAGACUUUACUCAAGGUCAUAUCUUUUGGAGAAAAAGGUAUCUUGUAGCAAUACGAAACUGUCUUGUUUUUUUGCCCAAUUUUGUUACACUUUUAUGCAACUUUAAUAAAAAUGUUAAAUUACA